CUUCUUCUUCUUCUUCUUCUAGACCCUUCUCUGCUCCCGAUUUAUAGUUCACUGUCUGUCUGUCUGUCUCUCUCCACUUGCAUUUUCUCUUUCAGUACCAGUCUACUCUGCGAACCUUUAACCAUGUACCGCUUUGCCAGUGGCCUUGCCUCCAAAGCUAGGUUGGCUAAGAACAUUAGCAAUAAGAUUGGCAGUGGAUCGAGUUGGAGCCGAAACUAUGCAGCGAAAGACAUUAAAUUCGGUGUCGACGCACGUGCAUUGAUUCUUAGGGGUGUUGAAGAGCUUGCUGAUGCAGUUAAAGUGACAAUGGGGCCGAAAGGUCGCAACGUUGUUCUGGAACAAAGUUUUGGAGCCCCUAAAGUGACGAAAGAUGGGGUUACUGUAGCAAAGAGUGUGGAAUUCCAAGACAGAGUCAAAAACAUUGGUGCUAGUCUUGUAAAACAAGUUGCAAAUGCUACAAAUGAUGUUGCAGGCGAUGGCACCACUUGUGCGACAGUUCUCACUCGUGCGAUAUUUGCUGAAGGAUGCAAGUCAGUGGCAGCUGGAAUGAAUGCCAUGGACCUAAGACGUGGAAUUUCAAUGGCAGUUGACUCUGUUGUGACAAACUUGAAGAGUAGGGCCCGGAUGAUUAAGACAUCUGAAGAAAUAGCGCAGGUUGGAACAAUAUCAGCUAAUGGAGAUAGAGAGAUUGGUCAGCUAAUAGCCAAUGCCAUGGAGAAAGUUGGCAAAGAGGGUGUUAUUACUAUCUCUGACGGAAAGACCUUGUAUAACGAAUUGGAGGUUGUUGAGGGAAUGAAGCUGGAUAGGGGUUAUAUUUCCCCUUAUUUCAUCACUAAUCAGAAGAAUCAAAAAUGUGAGCUAGAAGAUCCAAUCAUUUUGAUCCAUGAAAAGAAAAUCUCAAACUUAAAUGCUAUAGUUAAAGUAUUGGAGUUGGCCUUGAAGACACAAAGGCCCUUACUGAUUAUUGCUGAAGAUGUGGAAAGUGACGUGCUAGCUACUCUUGUUUUGAACAAGCUUCGCGCUGGAAUCAAGGUUUGUGCCAUUAAAGCCCCUGGGUUUGGUGAAAACAGGAAGGCUGGUCUGCAGGACCUUGCCACUCUCACAGGAGGCGAGAUAAUAACUGAAGAGCUUGGUCUCAACCUUGAAAAGGUGGGACCAGAAGUGUUUGGUUCAUGCAAAAAGGUUACGGUAUCAAAGGAUGAUACUGUCAUUCUUGAUGGAGCUGGUGACAAGAAAGCCAUCACAGAAAGAUGUGAACAGCUGAGAUCCUCGAUUGAAUUGAGCACUUCCGAUUAUGACAAGGAAAAGUUAGAGGAACGGCUUGCAAAGCUUUCUGGCGGUGUUGCUGUUUUAAAGAUUGGAGGAGCUAGCGAAACAGAAGUUAGUGAGAAGAAGGAUAGAGUAACUGAUGCUCUAAAUGCCACCAAGGCUGCCGUAGAGGAAGGGAUUGUACCUGGUGGCGGUGUUGCGCUUCUCUAUGCCUCAAAGGAGCUGGACAAGUUGGAAACAGCAAACUUUGACCAAAAGAUUGGCGUACAGAUUAUUAAGAAUGCUCUUAAGAUGCCUGUAUACACAAUUGCUUCUAAUGCUGGAGUUGAGGGGGCAGUUGUUGUUGGCAAGCUGUUGGAGCAAAACGAUCCUGAUCAAGGAUAUGAUGCAGCUAGAGGUGAAUAUGUAAAUAUGAUAGAGUCAGGAAUUAUUGAUCCUGUGAAAGUCAUUAGGACAGCCUUGGUUGAUGCUGCUAGCGUAUCGUCACUGUUGACGACAACCGAGGCAGUUAUCACCGAGCUUCCCAAGGAUGAGAAGGAAACCCCAGCUAUGGGCGGCGGAAUGGGCGGUGGCUUCGGCUAUUGAAACUCUCACCCAGCAAGUAGCUGAUGCCACAAACAUGAGAUUUGCUACAUAGCUAAUUAUUUAUUUAGGCUGGUUGGACCCCCCACCUCUUGAAUUUUGAUGCAGUCAAUAGCAUAGAUAGCCCUUUUUCUUUUUGCCAAUAAUGUGUUGAAAUGUAGCAAUAGCAGAUUCAACUUCAACUAAAUCCCAAUUCAUCAAAGUCAUUUCAAGAAUGCUCCCACCUCCAAGGCCCAA